AUGGAAAAUCACUUACCUGCCACCUACCACGCACUGCAGGUCGACAGUGUCGACACGGGCCUCCAGAUCGUUGAGAAACCAAUGCCCAAGGCCGACACAGGAAGCGCCAUCGUCCGCAUCGAAGCCGCCAAGAUCCUCUCCUACCACCGCGAAGUCUACAACGGCGAACGCCACUACUCUUUCCCAACACCUAUAGUCGGUGGGGGCAGUGCGAUCGGACGGAUCGCAGCCGUUGGACCCGACGCCACGACUUUGACCGAGGGUCAACUUGUCUAUGUUGACUGCGUAGUUCAUGCGCGAGAUGAUCCAGAUACGCUCUUCCUAUCUGCAAUUCACGACAGCGGUGCAGAAGGCAGUAAGAAGCUGAUGCGAGAUGUCUGGCGCGAUGGGGUAUUCGCUGAGUACGCAAAGUUUCCGCUUGAAAACUGCAUUAUUCUAAACGAAACAAUCUUAUGCCAGAACCUGGGCUACUCAAUCGAAGAUCUCAUGUACAUCGGGUAUCUUAUGGUCCCUUUUGGCGGACUACGAGACAUCACACUCGAACCUGGAGAGACCAUCGUCGUGUGUCCUGCAACUGGCGGAUACGGUGGCGCGGGCGUGCAGGUAGCGAUCGCCAUGGGCGCAAAAGUCAUCGCCCUGGGCCGCAACGAAGAAGAGCUUGCGAGAUUGAAAGAGCAUGUGCUCAAGGGUACCCCAGGUGCCUCGAUCGAGACUGUGAAGAUCACCGGAGACGAGGCCACGGAAAUAAAGACGCUUCAGAACUUCGGUGUCAUCGAUGCCGUGCAGGAUUUCACACCGCUGCAAGCUUCCAAGUCGACGCAUCUUAGGGCUGCAACGAGUGCGCUUCGUCGAAACGGGAGGGCCAGUUUAAUGGGCUUUGUUGAUCAACCAGUCGCUCCGUGGCAUUGCGUUGGGCGUAACAUUACGCUAAAGGGUAAGCUAAUGUACGAACGAAGCGAUAUUGUGCAAAUGGUCAAAAUGCUGGAGCGAGGGUUGUUCCCCAGGACUGAAACAUUUGUUGAAACCGAAAUCUUUGGACUGGAUGACUGGGAGACGGCUUUUGAUCGGGCGAGCAAGCACACAGGGAUUGGGAGGCAGGUCAUUCUGAGGCCUAGUAUCAUGUCUUGA